UUGAAUCCGGAUCUAGCGCCUUCGAUUCACCCCCUUCAAAACCCUAUCUUUUGCUUUCUCUCUCUUCGCCUCACUUUUUCGAAUUCGAAUUCGAAUUCGGACGCAAACACCAUCGCAAUGAGGAAAGGUGCUAAGAGAAAGACCAAGCACACCGAUGAUUCCCAACCUGAUUCCCAACCUGUUGCUUCGUCUCAAGAAAACGAAAACAAAAUCACCAAACCUAAAGCUAAACGCCUUAAAACCUCUAAACCCCAUUCUGAACCUGAAUACUUCGAAGAUAAGCGUAACUUGGAAGAUUUGUGGCUCGAAACAUUCCCUGUUGGAACUGAGUGGGACCAAUUGGAUGCUGUGUAUCAAAUCAAGUGGAAUUUCUCUAACCUAGAAAAUGCAUUUGAAGAGGGUGGCUUGUUGUAUGGAAAGAAGGUUUACCUCUUUGGUUGCACCGAGCCUCAACUGGUCAUGCAUAAAGGGGAAAACAAAGUUGUCUGCAUACCUGUUGUUGUCGCGGUUGUAUCACCUUUUCCACCGUCUGAUAAAAUUGGGAUUAACUCAGUUCAGAGAGAGGCUGAAGAGAUAAUUCCUAUGAAGCAAAUGAAAAUGGACUGGGUUCCGUACAUUCCUCUGGAGCAACGAGAUAGCCAAGUUGAUAGAUUGAAGUCUCAAAUAUUCAUCUUGCGUUGCACCCAAAGAAGGUCUGCUUUGAAACACCUGAAAUUGGAUCGAUUAAAGAAAUAUGAGUACUGCUUGCCCUAUUUCUAUCAGCCAUUUAAGGAAGAUGAAUUUGAACAAAGCACCGAGGUUCCGAUAAUAUAUCCAGUUGAGCCAAAGCCGGUCUUCUGUGAAUUUGAUUGGGAAUUAGAUGAACUUGAGGAGUUUACUGAUAAACUUAUUGAGGCGGAAGAGUUGGCAGAAGAACAAAAAGAUGCCUUCAAGGAAUUUGUCAGGGAAAAGGUUCGGGAAGCAAAGAAAGCCAAUAGAGAGGCAAGGGAAGCGCGGAAAAAAGCCAUUGCUGAAAUGAGUGCAGAAACUAAAGCUGCAUUUGAUACAAUGAGAUUUUAUAAGUUCUACCCCGUUCAAUCUCCAGAUGCGCCUGAUGUGUCAGGUGUAAAGUCUCCAUUCAUAAACAGGUAUUACGGAAAGGCUCAUGAGGUUCUUUGAUUAAGCUCCAAGACAACAAUGGCAAUUUUCAUGGCGUUUUGCCAGUAUUGUGUUCUAUAUGAAGUUUACCAGGCAACCUCUUAGUGCUCCAUUGAAUUUUCUUUACCAAUGUAAUUGUCUAAUAGGGACGUACAACGUAAACUUGUAGUUCAGAAAUCCUAGAUAAGUGAACUAGGUGGUGAGGAUAAUUGAGACGUGUUUCUGGCUUCCAUUUUGUAGAGAAUUUCUGAGCAGCUUGAGCUGCAAUUCACAUUGCUCAUAGCUUAUCUUAGUUUCCUCAUAAAAGUAUUAUUUUUUCCUUCAAAUUAAUUUAAAUGUAUGACAGUUUUGAUUUUGAUAUCAUAAAAUAAAUUUUAGUUUCUUUUCA